AUGACGACCAAUUUUCAGAGUCUGCCCAUUGUCGACUUCAAAGCCCUCCAGGAUGAGAAGACGAAGCCCGAAGCGCUCGAGAAGUUGAAGCAUGCUCUUUUUAGUGUCGGGUUCCUGUAUCUAGCCAAUACCGGCCUGGAGGACCUCAUCAAAGAGACGUUUGCUGCCGUACCAUCGAUCUUCGAACUGCCCGAUGAGGUCAAGGAGAAAUGUAACAUGAGAAACUCGCCUUCUUUCCUUGGCUAUACAGCACUCGGGGCGGAAACGACGGCCAAAAAGACCGAUUUACGAGAACAAUUCGACUUUGGAAGUCCUUGCGAGUCCAUCUACAAGCCAGGUGAUCCUCAAUGGAAGCGGGUGAACGGUCCUAGUCAGGCAUGCGCUCCAAGUGUCGAGCGCCUGGUAAACCGGUAUAUCGCCGCACUUUCCAAGCUCUCAAUAGAAUUUCUGCAUUCAGUGGCGGAAUGUCUCUCCUUGCCCAAAGACACGUUCGAGUCCUUCAUGGGUAGGAUGGAUCGUUUGAAGUUCGUCAAGUAUCCGCCUGCAGAACCUGGUUCUCAAGGCGUCGGCCCGCACAAGGACUCGUCGGGCAUGUUUACUUUCCUCACGCAGGAUAAUGUAGGUGGCCUACAAGUCCUGAACAGGUCGGGACAGUGGAUCGAUGCACCUCCCAUUGAAGGAACGUUCGUCGUCAACAUCGCGCAGGGGUUCGAGGCAAUUACGGGUGGCCGUUGUCCAGCGACCAGCCACAGGGUCAUUUCGCCCACGAGAACCACGAGAUACAGUGUGCCGUUCUUCCUGGGGGUCAGAUUGGAUCUCACUCUCGACCAACUCAAAGAAUCGGCCGCAGAUAUCGUGCGUCGGAUACCUGGCUCGGAGGAGGAGAGGAAGGCCAUCCCUGACGAGGUCGCUAGCGAAUUCCUCUCUCCGCUGUACUCAUGCUUUGGAGAGGCUCAUCUGAGAAACCGCAUCGUCAGCCAUCCAGAUGUUGGGCAGAGAUGGUAUCCGGAUCUUUUUGAGAAGUAUUCUGCAGCUUCGGUAGCAUAA